ACGUAUCCCGACGCGCAGCGCGGCGGCGCAUGCGCGCCACCCCCCCUUCCCCCUCUGGUUGGCAGCGGGCGGGAUGUUGCGGCGGAAACCCACCCGGCUGGAGCUGAAGCUGGACGACAUCGAAGAGUUUGAGAGCAUGAAGAAGGAGCUAGAGAAUCAGAAGAAGCAGCAGCGAGAAGAAGGAGAAAUGGUGAGCUCCAGUGAUGUGGACAGUGUGAAUGGAGCAAGAGAUGAGGCCAAAGUGCGAGAGAAGAUAAACGAGCGAAUUGGAUAUCGGCCAAACUCUCACAUCAACAAACCUUUCUCUUUGUUUGGGAAUCUUCACUGACCGGCAGCCUGUCAUCAGGGACGUGUGUGAAGGAUACAAAUUCAGAAUCUGUACCCAAAUUACUUGGGAUUGUGAACUCAAGGACAUGCAACGGACUGUUGGAGUAAAUUUGGUGCACUGCUGGGCUUUCAGUGAGGAUAGCAUUGAAUGUGAUUAAAACAGAAUGAAAGUCACUAGCUCAGCAAUUGAUUCUGUAAAUAUUUCAACAAAGAAUCUUAAAUACA